AAAGGAGUGGCUACGCUGACCCAAGUCUAGAGGAAGGUGUGAGUUUCGUCAUUAUUAUCUGGACUAAACUGAAGCUGAUCACAGUCAGACUGAACAUCACCAACCGGAUUAUAGCAGACAUGAGUGGCAUCGGCAGUACUGAACAGGAUGGAGAGGGAACAGGAGGAAGUAGCUGGAUCAGCACUUUCUGUUUUGUAGCAGCAGGUGCCACUGCAGCUGCUCUUUACUGGAAAAAUCUUGAAGCAAAGAGAGAGAAGAAAGAAAUGGAGCUGAAGAUCAACAGAAACCUCGUCUAUAUUCAACAGAGUCAGUGGAUCUCACUGAAAAGUGCUUUCGGUCUUUUUGAAUUGCCACUAAUGGAGAAAAUGAAAUCGCUAAAAAUGGAGCUCAGAGAAAGAACCGAACUGCUGAGUUUAUCGCAGCUGGAUGAGUUGGAGGAUAUGUUGGUGGAAAGACAACAUCUUUUCUGCAGCUACUUUACACCAAAAUCUUGUCGGGAGCAGCUGGAGAAGGAGAUCAUUAAGAAAGCUGGUAAAAUACCACAGAUCCACAAGAAGAAUGUCAAGGCAAAUUUGGAGGAAAUCUUCAGAGAAGAUCGCCAUUGUGCUUCCUGUCUAUCAUACCUCAGGACGGGGGAUAAAAGACAGAAUGGUAAAAUGAUGUGGAGGCAGCUGGCAGACUGGAGGAGAGCAGUGAGCAAAGAAAAGUACUUGAAUGAAAAUUCCACUUAUUGUUAGCUCACCAAAACUACGGCCUGAGUGUUCAUAAAAAGAUGACUAACAGGGUCAUCCAUUUGUUAGCUGCUGCCUGUUUAUCUUUUUCUUUUGCGUUGUGAAGAUAAAAAACUCCAUCCUGCUAUACAACUUACACUGUUUCCAAUAUAACCUGAUAUCCUCUGCUUCCUGAGUCCUUUUGCAAUUAAUGAACAUAUUACUAAGGUUCCUAAUUAACAUGUUUAUCUGAAUCAGAUAAUUCUUACAACUCAAAGUAUGUUCCACUGUCUGAUGUUUCCCUAUCAAAAAUAGAGAUCUAUUUGAAACAUCAACUGUAAAACACAAAAAUAUAAUAAAAAAACUGAACAUUACAAAAAGCAUAAAGCUUAUUAAUACCAAAAGAUAUAGCCGGCAAUAGCAAAAUAAGCUGAAUAGUGUAAAAGUUGAAUGGUAAAAAUAUCCAGAGUGUUUAUAAAAUGACUUAAGGAAAACAAAGUCAAUGUUUUUUUGUGUCCAUCACAAAACCUUAUUGUUGUGGAAAGAUUUCAAAAGGUGAGUCAAGAUCACACAAAGCAGUGCUUUUACAAAUUUGUUAUCCAACAAACAUUUUGUUUUUAUUGUCUAUAUUAAAUCUAUGUGAGGUUUGCUGUUUAAAUUGAAUUCCUGAAAUAAAAAGGCUUUUUAAUGACAUUCUAAUUCAUUGGGAUAUUCAGAGUCUGUUAACAAAAGUAAAGUUGCUGGAAAAGUUGCCGUCAUCAAGGCCAUUCAAAGUGCUCUGAAAUCUUAAACUUGCUGUUAUAUCCAUGUUAGUCUUGGUAUCUUUCCUGGCAGUGGAGAAUCGCAGAGAGAGGAGGAGGAAGAGAGAGUUGGAACUGCGGUGAAUGAAUAAAGAUGUUUGUAUUUCACACAGUUGAGUCUCCGUUUUACACUUUGCUCUUGUGUGUUGGAAUUUAAAAAAGAAAAUGAUGAUGCUUCUUUAUAAAUAGAUGAGCUGGAGAAAC